AUGGCGGCAGUACCGUCCAAGCAAUUUCCGCUAGUUAAUUACACUCCACUCCACGGUCCACUUUGCGCACUGUACUCUCACCGGCCAGAGUCCCUCGCCCCCUUGGUCGCGUCGCCCCUCUCUACCGCCAGGCCGGCCGUCCGCCCACCUCGACUUCGCCUCCUCCGCUCCGGCGAGCCGUCGAACGGCGCAAGGAUCCCAUCAGUUGGCCUCGGCACGGCGACGGGGAAGGCCGAACCCGGCGUCGUACGGGACGCCGUCUACGCCGCCGUCAAGGCUGGAUAUCGGCAUAUCGACUGUGCUCCAGCGUACCGCAAUGAGAAGGAGGAAAUGUACAUAAUUCUUGUGCCCGAACCAAUUGUCGAUCAAGCGCACUAUCUGUACUGCUGUGUUUUGUCUAUUGGUCUCGCUCUCAAGAAAUUAUUUGAUGAAGGCGUGGUUAAGCGUGAAGAUCUAUUUAUCACUUCUAAGUUGUGGUCUGGUAACCAAGCCCCAGAAGAUGUGCCGGAGGGCAUUGACACCACUCUUGAAGAUUUGCAGCUGGACUACUUAGACCUUUUCCUUAUCCAUGCUCCACUUCGUUCGAAGAAAGGUGCCACCCCAGCCCCUGAAAACUUUCUUCCUGUUGACAUUCCUGCUACUUGGGGAGCAAUGGAGAAGUUAUAUGCCUCUGGCAAGGCCCGUGCGAUCGGUGUGAGUAACUUUUCUUGUAAGAGGAUGGAGGAUUUGCUUGCCAUUGCAAGUGUACCUCCAGCAGUCAACCAGGUUGAGUGCCAUCCAGGUUGGCAGCAAAUGAAACUCAGGGAACUUUGCCAGUCAAAGGGUGUUCAUCUUUCUGCAUAUUCACCCUUAGGAAAACAUGGAUCACCUGGAUCCAUGGGUCCAAGCUUUCUUAGCAAUCCCAUUGUCAUCUCUGUUGCGGAGAAGUUAAACAAAACUCCUGCGCAGGUUGCCCUACGCUGGGGUCUUCAAAUGGGCCAGAGUGUACUCCCGAAAAGCACCAAUGAAACAAGAAUAAAGGAGAACUUAAGCAUAUUUGACUGGUCUAUCCCUGAAGAUUUGAUGGCGAAUUUCUCUGAAAUUCAGCAGGCAUCUCUCAAUUCCAGCCUUGUUAAGGUGCUAAGAGCUGAAUUUGUGGUUCACCCCCAAGCUACCAGAAAAUGGUGGUACAUCUCUAAGGGCAUCUCCAACGUGAAUCCUCAAAUUGGCCCCAAAUAUCCGGACUGGACGGUAAUUAGACUUUUAGCGCUCCAACAAGGAUCACCAAAUGGGGCCAGACCGGCCCGGGUGUUUGAAAUCCCACAGACCAACUUCAAACCGAGGAGAUCUGGGUGA